AUGAAGCUCUCUCUGCUCUCCUGUGCGCUCCUCGUGGCUCUGAAUUUCUCCCUCCGUGCAUGUUUCGCAGCCCGCGUUCCGCCCCAACCCUCGCUGCUGUUCAAGGGCGGGGAGGAAACCGUUCGCUUUCGCAAGCUGCAUGACAAGGAGCCCGAUCAAGAGACCUUUGAGACUCCUUUCAACCAGGCCAUGAACUCCAUCCAUGAGCAUGUGGAGCAGGUCAGACAGCCCGACGACUACGGGUCCCUUGGCCUCCCUCCCCGCAGCAGCCACAUCGUCAUCGACGGCGCUUCAGUAGCAUGGUCAUACGGGCAGAGGAUGAAGUUCAGCUGCCUGGGACUGAAGAAAGUGAUCGACUUCUUCCUGGAUCAAGGCUACCAGCACGUCAUAGCGCUGGUCGGGUACGCCUACACGCAAGAGCCGCCGAAAGGAAGCAACAGGACGAGGGUGGCCGAUGACCCUGACGCUCUCCUUGCGAUGAAGCUGCACGGGCACGCGCUGCUGAUGCCCCCUGGAGCGAACGAGGAGUCCAUGGUGCUCCAGUACGCCUUCAUGAGGGGAGGCUUCGUAGUGUCCAACAACGACUUCUCUGACUUCAAGCGAUCUUGUACCAAGGAGGAGGAGGAGUGGGUGCGCACCCAUCACCUCUACUUCACGUGGGUCGAGGGCGAGUUCCUCCCCAUGUGCGACAGAGACGACAAGCCUCCCAAGCCCCUCUCCUCCUCUGAGGACGAGGGAGAUGCGGCAGACGGGGAGGCCAUGAUGGAUCGCAUGGAGGACGCUGACGAACAAGGUAACGAUAUGGCGAAUGGUGGAGACUGGGAGCAGGGAGAGGAAGCGGAUCCUUUCUUGUCUUGGAGGGCGCUGGUCCCCGACGGCGGUGUGGGUCUUCUUCGCAAGCUGUCGCCCCUCUCACUCUUUCAUGCUCUCAAGGCAAAGAGGCUUGACCUCCUGGACGAGACGACUCUUCAGAGGCUUAUCAGCAUCUCACAGCAUGCAGCGGCAACGCGAGAGGAGGGGGCGGCGAACGUCGCGUACCUUGAGGGCAGGUUCGGAGUGGUCGACUCAGUCGAUGACGAGGUCUUGGUGCAAGGAGGGAUGCUAGAGGAGGAGACUGCGAUGGAGAUGAGUGGUGAGCUCGUAGCUCUCGCGUCCCCCGAUCUCCUCAGAGGGCGCAUCCUCCCCGUCGGAACGAGCGUGGAGUUCGAUGCAGUGUGCGACCUAUCACUUGGAAAGUGGAUAGUGACGAGGCUGGUGAGGACCGGGUGCGUGAAGGAGCAAGAGGAGAGGUUGACAGCAGCGACUUGUGUGCUCGCUGGCUUGCUCGGGCAUGCGUCAGUCGAGGACAUGUCUGCCUUCUGGCGGCAGCACGGACCCCAGGACCUCACGGCAGUCAGCAUGCAGCUCGAGGGCAGAGUCUUCAGCACCUCCCACCUCCUCAUGAACAAGGCUUACUUUUGCCGGGGGCUCUCAGCCCCAGCCUGCCUGCAGGAGCUCUUUGAACCUGACGCCUUCGUUACCGACAGCGCAAGGAAGGUCGGCCUCCCGACCACCGUUGAGGAGUUCUUCCGUUCCCGUCACUCCCCCCUCGCGUUUCCCCACCUUCCUUGCCUCUGUGCGGUGGCCUCGGACGGUCUGACCAUCCUCUUCUUUCCUCUCGAGGUCUGCAGGAUCCAGUUCAUGUCUCCCUUGCAGAGUCCAGCUGCUCCCUUGGGCUCCUUCCAGCAAGGCUUGCGCCCGCCGCAGAACUCCGCUCCUCAAGCGCACCAAAAGCACCUCUUCGAGAAGCUCGAGGAGUACUUCAAGCGGCAAGAGGAGCUGGUCUCCAAGUCACUUCAUCACGCUGACCCGUCGGAAGGAGCGGAAGCAGGAGAAAGAGCAGGAGCACGAGCGGGAGCAGGAGCGGUGGAUGAUGUGCGCAAACAGUCCAACUACAUCCUGCGAAAGUUGCGGAAGGCGAUCGACAAGCACACAAUGGCGCUUGAGAAGAGACUGUUUGACAUCCAGAUGAAUCAGGCGAUGGAGGUGGAUCAGCACGUCAAGACCAUCAUGGACCGCGACAACCUCACGCUCGCUGACUGCAAGGGCAACGUGUCAGACUCUGUGGAGCAGGAGGAGGAGCAGGAGGAGCAGGAGGAGGAGCACGAAGGGGAGGAUGAAGAGGAUGAAGAGGAAGGCCUGACCAGAUCGGAUGUGCUGGACUCUUCCCUGCCCUCUUCCAUGGAGGUAGCGGGCGAGAGGAACCGCACAAGGCACGAGGAGCUGGAGGAGAGGCUACAGCGGGGGGAGAAGACCAUCUCGCAGCUCAAGGACGAGCUGAGGAGGAGAGACGCUGUGGUACAGUCCCUCACCGACAUGCUCCAUGAUGCGUCCAAGGGAAGGCCAAGUGUGCGAGCGAGGAUCCGCCGGGAGCUGCAAAACUUGACGUCUUCGUUGAGAUCAGUCUCAGACGUGGAGGAGUGA